AAUAGUAGAAAACCCAAAAACCCCCCAUCUAAAGAAGAUGAAGAAGAAGAAAGUAAAAUAAAAUAAAUAAAAAAGCGACUUUUUCAGCCUCUCAGGGCAGAACAAGAACGAGGGAAGGCUUUGAAUUUGGAAAUUAAAAAAUUCUUCAAUUGCGUGAAAUCCGUUUCCAGCUUUAUCUUCUGAAUCCUCGAUCAUACAGAAACCCCAAGAAUUUUCUAGCUUCAAUUUUGACUCUAAACCUUCCUCUCCAGAAUUCACUCUGACCGGAGCAAUUCGGAACUGCAAUGGUCGAUAUUUCCGAUACCACCGCCGGCAACGUUGAAGGCGACGGGAAAGACGCACCCUGCACCUCAUGUGACCGGCAAACUUUACUCCACCAGUCCAUGGGCGGCGGUAAAGCGGCUGAUAUUCUUCUGUGGAAACAGCGGCAUGUUUCGUUCGGCAUUGUUGUUGUUGCUACAGUAUUUUGGCUUCUAAUUGAGUACUCUGGAUUGCCAUUGUUGACAACAUGUUCGGAUGUCUUGCUGAUUUUGGUUGUCCUAUUGUUUCUUCGAGCAAACUAUGCUGCAUUCCGAAACAAGCAACUUCAAACAUUACCGCAACUCGCUCUGUCGGAGGAGUUUGUCAAUAACGUUGCAGCAUCGCUUCGGGCAAAAAUCAAUAACACUUUACUUAUGGCUCAUGAAAUCACACUUGGCAAUGAUUUCAAACUCUUUUUCAGGAUGGUGAUCGGUUUGUGGCUUUUAUCCGUCAUGGGUAGCUACGUUUCUUUCUUCACCUUUGCAUAUAUUGGAACAAUCAUCUCGAUAACCAUCCCCGCCUUGUACAGCAAAUACGAUGAACAUGUUGACAGAUACUGCGGAAUGAUCCGCCAACAAUUUAGAAAGCAUUAUAGAGUGAUGGAUGAGAGUGUUUUCAGCAGACUCCCUGGUAGUCUAUCCAAGGAUAAAGAUCAGUGAAAAAUCCUGUCUUUAAUUUUUCUAUAGUUGUACUACACCACAGGAAAAUUGUAAUACAGUUUCAUCACAAAUGAAUGCCCUGUUAACUGGAUUCUUGAAGGUUAUUGCUUGGCCAUGUAUUGCA